AGUUCCCAAAAAUAAUAGCAAAGGAAACAGGGCGAACAAAGGAGAAAGCAGAAUAACUGAAUAAGAAUCAGAAGAAAGAAGAAAAAGAAAGAGUGUAGAAAACCCUAGAACGUCAAAUGGCGGAAAAAUUAGCCCCCGAAAAACGUCACAGCUUUAUCCACAACGGUGAAAAGGUGUUCGAGUGGGAUCAAACCCUCGACGAGGUCAAUAUUUACAUAAAUCUUCCUCCCAACGUCCAUUCCAAGCAAUUCUACUGUAAGAUUCAGUCCAAGCACCUCGAACUUGGCAUCAAAGGCAAUCCCCCCUAUCUCAACCAUGAUCUCCCUUGCCCGGUGAAGACAGAUUCUUCUUUUUGGACCCUAGAGGAUGAUAUAAUGCAUAUAACACUGCAGAAGAGAGAUAAAGGCCAGACAUGGGCUUCUCCAAUAUUAGGUCAGGGUCAGUUGGACCCUUACUCUACUGAUCUUGAACAGAAGCGUCUCAUGCUUCAGAGAUUUCAAGAGGAGAAUCCAGGUUUUGAUUUUUCACAAGCUCAAUUUUCUGGAAACUGCCCUGAUCCAAGGACCUUCAUGGGUGGAAUCCGAUCAGAUUGAUGAUCUUAGAUGCUGUUAUGUGUAUUUGUCUGCUCUAAUAUGAUGAUCAGAUGGUAAUAAUAUGUGAUAUUUGUCUCCUCAUUUGAUGUCUUGCAAUUGAGGCAGUCUUGAUUGACUUCCUCUAAUGAAUGAUGACUAAACUGUAUUGAGUCGUGGUGACUCUUGGGCAUAUAAGCAUGUAUAUAAAACAUGGAGCAAUUCUAUAA